AUGGCAAAGUUCUCUACUCAUCCGACCGGCCCACGUACAUUGUUGAACGAGUGGCUACAUCGUCUUAGCAUUCCCCCACCAGUCACAAACCAGGCAGUUCACAGCCGUUAUGUUGAAAUGCUGCUGGAGACAGAAAGAAUUCCUUUACUUCAUAACUUGAUUGCUUCGGUGUCUACUUGGCUCUUGCUGGCAGGUUAUUUAGUCUUGCCAGGGACAUUUGUGACCUUGCGUGAAUCCCAUUUGGUGGCACAGAUGGCUAGUAAAAGCCAAGCUGCGACCUUGAUGACCCAUGCGAUUAAUAAUCCUCCUCUGCUUGCAUUAGCCACCAUCUCCUGUACAUUGGGCACAGUGGGCUGCGGAUGGCUAUGGUGGAGGUGGCGCACCAACUAUAUUUGGCCGCCGCAGAGAAUAUUUCUGUAUGCAAACCCCACCACAAAUUGA